AUGAAAAAAGAAAAAGAUGAGGUCGUUGAUUCCAUCGAUGCUCUGCCGAAUAGGAAGGAGAACCAACCGAAUUUUUUUAACUCGAUUCAAGAUCUUCCUGAUUUCGAUGGACUUUCUCACGUUCCACAGUUGGAUGGUCGAAUAGUAGGUGGAUCUCCAGCUAACAUCACCCAGCUUCCGUACCAAGUAUCUUUGCAAUAUCGGGGACAACACAUAUGUGGUGGAUCGAUAAUUCAUCGCUCCUAUGUACUUACUGCAGCUCAUUGCCUUGAUGGAUUUCAAACUAACAAGUUUCAAGUGAGAGCAGGUUCAGCAAAUAUUGCAACUGGAGGAGUUUCGUCUCCUGUAUGUGCAGCUACUAAACAUGGACUUUACAACAAAUUUUCGCAAGACAAUGACAUAGGAAUACUGCAGCUGUGCAACCCUCUACCAGUCAGAGAUGGCAUACAAAUAGUGAAACUUCCAAAACAGGGCGAACUCUUCAGAGCUGGAUUAUUGGCUGUUGUCAGUGGCUGGGGAUACGCCACCGAAGGGGGAGGUAUAACGAGUAAGACACUUCGACAAGUCAAAGUUCCAAUUGUAGAGCAACAAACAUGCAAACGUCUGUAUAGAUCAACAGGAUUCGUUACUGACAAUAUGAUUUGUGCCGGGGAAACGCAAGGAGGAAAAGAUUCAUGCCAGGGUGAUUCGGGAGGACCUCUUGUCUUGAAUGGAAAACUUAUCGGUGUCGUGUCCUGGGGUUAUGGGUGUGCUAGACCCCGGUUCCCAGGAGUAUACACGAAAGUGGCUAAAUAUAGGAAUUGGAUAAAAUACAAUGCUAAUGUAUAGAAGCUUUUUCGAAAUAUAAGCCACUGAACCAG